AAUACCGUAGUCUCGUCAAACGGGAAUUACGAGCAAGAUAUGCGCUGUAGAUCAAAUACUCUCGACACGGAAGUCCACCAACUCCACCUCCAGACCACAGCCUCAGUUAAUGUCGGGGUCACCUCAGUUGGCCAGCAGAAGACCCGCUUAAUGCAUUAAGUGAUGCAAGGUCCUAAGUCCAACGCAACGUCUGAACUGCAGGCAGGGGGUAAACACACAUGGACUUGUGGAUUUGUGUAGUGUAGUCGCUGCAGAAGAUGGCUACUCAAAGGAAUGGAUUUAAAAAAGAAAGUUUCAUCUUAUCAGUGGACGUAGGAACAACCACAAUAAGAUGUAAUGUAUUUGACAAGGGUGCCAAGAUCCGCGGGACGUGCAGCAGCAAAGUUGUCUUGUUGUAUCCAGAACCAGGCUUGGUGGAAUUGGAUCCAGAGGAACUAUUUAAUGGAUUUAUAGCGGUCGUCAAGGGGGCUGUACAAGAUGCAGGUGUGAAGAUGAGCCAGAUCGUGUCACUGGGCAUAGCCACUCAAAGAGGGACAUUCACGACAUGGGAUAGAACCACUGGACGUCCUUUUCAUAACUUCAUCAGUUAUCAGGACCUCAGGGCCAUUGACAGUGUGACUUCUUGGAACGGCUCCUACACCAUGAAGGCGGUCCAGGGGGCGAUGACGCUGCUCUACCUGGUGUCCAGACAGAAGCGGUUCCUGGCCGCCAGCGUUCUGGUGUUCUCCCCCCAACAAGUCACCUUCCGCCUGCUCUGGGCCCUCACACACUACACACAGCUCCGCCAGGCCGUGGCCGAGGACACCUGCUGCUUCGGGACCAUUGACACGUGGCUUCUUUUCAAGCUCACCAAGGGUGAAGUCCAUGCCACAGACUACUCUAAUGCUAGUUCCACUGGGAUGUUUGACCCCUACCAGAUGUGCUGGAGUGGCCCACUCUUCUCUAUGUUGUCACUGCCAUUUUCCAUUCUCCCCAAAGUGGAAGAUACAAUCCAUAGCUUUGGAUCCACACACUCCUCUAUAUUCGGUGUCUCCAUACCCAUAAUGGCUCUGAUUGCCGACCAGCAGGCGGCCAUGUAUGGUGAGUGUUGCUUUGAUGUGGGCAAUGUCAACAUCACCAUGGGAACGGGCGCCUUCGUCGACAUCAACACCGGCAGCAAACCACAUACAUCGGCAGCAGGGCUGUAUCCAGUGGUGGGGUGGAAGAUAGGAGAGGAGGUUGUGUACUUGGCGGAGGGCAACGCGGCCGACACGGGCACCGCCAUCAAAUGGGCUCAGGGCCUGGAGCUGUUCUCUGAUGUCCAGGAGACCAGCGCCAUGGCUUACAGCGUGGCCGACUCUGACGGGGUGUGCUUCGUACCGUCCUUCAGCGGCUUACAGGCUCCACUCAAUGACCCCACAGCCUGUGCUUCCUUCAUGGGUCUCACACCAUCCACCAACAAGUGCCACCUGGUCCGAGCCAUCCUGGAGUCCGUAGCCUUCAGUGUCCGUCAGCUCUACCAGACCAUGCUGAGAGAGACCUGCAUUCCCGUCACUAAGAUCCGUGUGGACGGGGGCGUGUGCACUAAUGACUUUGUCAUGCAGCUGACCACCGAUCUGAUUGGUCAGAAGCUGGCCCGACCCGUCCACCACGAGAUCUCCUGCCGCGGGGCAGCCUUUGUGGCCGGACUUGGAGUGGGAUUCUGGAAGGACAAGGAGGAGCUGAAGCGGCUCCACACCGCUGACCAGAUGUUCGUGCCCCGACAGGCGGCCCAGAGCGGCACCGAGCUGGGGGUGGUGAGUGCGGAGUACGAGGCGGUCCUUCGGAGCUGGGAGAAGGCCCUGCAGCGCUCAAUGGGCUGGUACAGCAGCAGGGCAUGACCGUCAGGGCCACGCUGCAGUGCUCUUCAUACACGCUGCACGGGAGCAUGAAGCUCAAAGAGCCGUUCUAGGAGCCACUCACACCGACAACCACACUGGACAUGUUUGUGGAAGCUUUCGUAAAGGUUUCCAUGAUCAUACCCCCAUUUCAUAUCAAUUAGCUUGUCGCUGGUGGCAACUACAUUUCUGUUGAGGCCUUGGAGUGGUUUACCGACAUCACUCUCUCUCUCCCUCUCGCUCGCUCUUCAGAGACCAUUAUGCCGACUUCUUUUCAAUGAUUGAUUUGUGGGCAGGUUUUUUCAGCACUUGCCAACGCAGUCUUUUCUUUUUUUGUUCAUUUAUUAGCAAUUUAAAGGGUUUAAUGCCUGACUACUCCUAUACAUGGUCCCUUUAAUACUUCCUUAUAAGAUAAUGUGCAAAGCUGGGUUCACCCUAUCUAGGGUUAGGUUACCCUAACCCUCCCCAGUGUCCAUUAAAAACAUGUUUUCUGUGAUACACAAUGUGCGGGUGUAAACUGAACUCUGAAAGAUCCAACCACUGUGUCAGUUUCUAGGUUGCUCCUUCAGAAUUGUAAUUUGACUGUGUGCGUGUUUGAAAGAGAAAAAACAAAUAUGCAAUAUAACUGUAUAUGGCCUUCCAAAUGUCUAACUGAAUUAUUUGUUUGACACAUUGUGUAAACUACAAACCUGACUUGAAGUCAAUGACCGUGUUUGGGCUGCUAUGAUGUCACAUGUCCUGUCCACACUAGUGCAUCUCACACUAGUGCAUCUCACACUAGUGCAUCUCACACUAGUGCAUCUCACACUUGUGCAUCUCACACUAGUGCAUCUCACACUAGGAAUACCUUCAUCUAUUGCGUUGUGUUUACAUCAUGUAUUUCAUACCUCAAAUUAAAUGUAAAUAGUUACCUCAAUAAAGUAUAGGUACAUUAUACAGAAGCCCUUGACGGCAGUAUUUUCUGUAUUUUCCAUAGUUAUGCAUCAUACUGUAUUUUAAAAGCUCCAAAUUACAAUACCAAAUUGAGAUUGGUUUACUUUGUAUCGUCAUUUCCAUACAGUCCACUAGGUGAUGCCAUUGGCAUUCAAUUCAUCUCUUAAGUUUCAAAAUGGCUUUUUCCUUGUUGUUAAAUACAUGUUUUUUUGUAUACUUGAGCUGAUUGAAUAGUAUUUUAAAUUAAAUAUUAUCCGGGGGCUCAGUAGUACCACAAGAGCCAAGUAUCAGCAUACCAUACAAUACCCUAAAAACGGCCAGAUGGUAUAUAUGGGGUGAAUACUGUUUCCAAAAGCUACCCUGUGUACUCCUAUGAGGACAUAAACACACAGGCUGUAUUAUUGAAGUAUUAGUAUUAUUGAAAUUGGUGCAAAACUAUUUGGAGGCAGGCAAUUGGAAAUCAUUUCUAGUGCCGAAGCAGCCCCUCCUCCUGGAUAAUACAAUAUCUAAUCAAGUUAAGUGAUACUGUAAUAAUAUGUGCCAUCUUAAAUCCUUGGAUUAGCAUGAACUAAUAUUGCAGAAUUGUUUGUAUAAUAUCCCUGCUUCAUGUCAAAUAUAAGUCAUUUUCAGGUUAAACUCUAUUCUGUUGCCAUUUUCCAAAAUAUUCACUUGGUGUCAGAAUGGACAUGAGGGUCUGGAGUCCAUGCCCAGGCCCCCCCCGUCUGGCCUGAGAAGAUAAGACAGACGAACCCACUAAGGUUCAUCUAAAGAUCUCCAUCCUGAUCUUUAACCUGAGCGUUGUGUCACCUAUCUUCCUUCUGUUAAAUGAAAUGGGACAUUUCUGUAAAUGUGCUAUCUGAUGUUGUUGACACUGUUUUGUCCAUGUGCCCCUGAGCACACUGCAGAUUACAGAGUGAGAGUGCAGUCUAGUUGAACUCAGGAUGAAGUUGCCUGUUACAUGAGGUUAUUGAAUACUAUAGAGCAUUGACCCAGUUCUACCAGGUGAAUCUAACAUGAGUCACAGAAGCAUUCAUACUAGAAAGUGAUAUCAAAUAUAUUUUUUUAUUUUGUUGAGGAGUAACUUUUUUAUUGCUUCUUGUGGGACUAAAGGGCUAGUGCAUUUAACGUUGUUCUAAUGUCAAAGUGUAAUUCUAUUAAUUGUUCUUAACGAUGGCAAUUUCUCUAAAAUGAUUGGAGGAAAGUAAUCACUGACUUGUAGUUUAAAGUUUGGUCUGCGUAAUUAUCUGUACCAAAUUCUUAAAAUAAACUGGACAAAAAAAA